AUGGCAGUUACUUGCCCUGUCCAUCAUCACAGAGGAGGAGUACAACAGCUUCAAUCAAAAAGAGGACAUCGUGAUCAAAAUCAGGAAGUUGUUAAUUCACAUACAGAAAAAAGGGGAGUCAACCUGCCAGCAAUUUCUGGAGUGUUUAGAAAUCCUCUUUCCUGGCACCAAUCAGAAUUUACAACCUUCUGGCCAUGGACUUGUGAUUUAGAAAAAUCUGCUGAUGAAAAACCCUCAGAGAUUAUACGCAACAAAAGAAAAAAGUUAAUUGAAAUUCUUCAAAAAGACCUAGAACUCAUCUUGGAUGAAUUACUCUCCCAAUCCAUUGUCACAGAGGAGGAAUACAAUACCUUGGACAAAACAGAAGAGGAUCCCAAGAAGAAGAUAAGAAUAUUGUUGAUUCUGAUACAGAAAAAGGGGGAAUCAGCCUGCCAGCAAUUUCUGGAGUGUUUAGAAAUUGUAUUUCCAGGUAUAGAUCAGGAUUUAUAUUUAAGUUCUGAGGAGAAAGCGGACAUCCUGCAAGCACCAGAGCUAAUAGAGACAACGCCACAACUUCCUAAAGAUUCUUUAAUUCAGGAACAAGAAGUUGCUAUUCAGCAAGACCCAGAACAGAAGCAAAAAGACCUCCCCAAAGAGAGAAGAAAAGCAUUCAGAGAAGUUCUCUCCAAGUUAAAAUUACAGAAGUAUGAAAGCAGAAAGCUCAGGAUGAAUGAUAUCCUGGAAAUCAGCUCAGGAAGUUUAAAGGACUGGAUUCCUCAGAAAUUAAGAGAUUUACCAUGGCAUUUCCUGAGAAAGGUCAUGGCUUUGAAUAGGACAGCCAGAAGCACAAGCCUUAGGUGUGGGGCACUUCAUGAUCAAGGAACCAGGGUGGAUGAGGAGGAACAAGGUAUCAAUGAACAAAUUUUCUUUGUUAGUGACACUGACACUAAAGUCUCUUUGAAUCCACUUGAUGUUCUGUGUGCUGUUCUGCUUUGCUCAGACAGUUUUCUACAGCAGGAGAUCCUGUCCAAAAUGUCCAUGUGCCAGUUUGCCCUCCCUCUGCUGCUACCUGCCCUCAACACAUCCAAGUGCACCCUAAUGCUGUGGGCCAUGAGGGACAUUGUGAGGAAGUGGAGGCCGCACUCCCUGGCAGAGAGCAGAGGGUUCAAAGAGGAGAGCCUGGUGUUCACGUCAAUGCCAACCAUUUCCUUUGUACGGAUGGGGAGCUGCAGCUUCUCCAAGUCCAAACUCCUCAGUGAGGUUCUCAGCCCCUCACAGCAGUAUCACGAUUUCUUUAUCCAUCGGGACAUGGAGUCUGGGAACAUCCCUCAGGAAAUCACAGAUGGGCUGGUAGAAAUUUCCUGGUUUUUCCCUGGUGGGAGGAAGAAUUUGGAUCUUUUCCCAGAACCUGUGGCAGUUACAAAUCUACGUGGAGACAUUGAAUCUCACUGGCUGCAGUUCAGCUUUUUAACAGAGGUCUCCUCAGCUGUGUUCAUAUUUGCUGAAAACAUCACUGAAAGAGAGUACACUCUGUUAUCAUCUUUGAAAGAAUCCACAACUAAAUAUUACUUCAUUCUCAACCACCAGACUGGGAAAUCCAGUGAAACUCUGGCAAUCCUUAACAAAUUAGCCCCUGUGCUGAAACUGAAAAAUUCAUAUAUGCUGAUGAAAGACAGCAACACAAAUGAAGCAAAAUUUGUGGAAAAGCUGCAGUCCACCAUACAAAGCAUAAUGAACUCUUCUCCCAAGAGGAUAGGUAUAGAAGACAUGGCUGGGACAGCGCGUGAACUAGGAAUCCAAAUAGAUGAAGACCAUGUGGAAUGUCAGACUGCGAGUGACUGCAUUAAAGAAAUCACCACAGAAAUAAAGGAUGUGGCAUAUUACAAACAAGAAAUGCUGAGACUCCAAGGGGAUUUAUGGAAAAGCCUGGCUAAAGUGGAAAAAGAAAUGUGCCGAAUGAGAAGGCAGGGGGAUAUCCCUGCUGAGAAAUAUAAAUCUCAGCUGAAAGAAAAGAUGUUGGAUUUGUGUAAACAACAGAAUAAAUGUGACCUUACUGAUGAUUUGACUAAAUUCAUUGAUGCAAUACAACAUCUACUUCCAUUAGAAAAACAUUAUUUCCUGAAAUGGCUGAAGUUUCAGCUGGAUCACAUUGCUAGGGGGAAUCUUUCUAAACUACGGGCUGAAUACAAAGAGAAAUGCAAGUCUUUAGGUGAUGACCCCAAACAGUUGGCAGAACUAGAUAAAUUAAUCUCUUCCACUUCUUUAGGGGUUGAGCAUUUCAUGCGUGAGUUGGGGCAGUUUUAUGAGGCUUAAUGCUCCAUGGUUAAAGAAGGCAAAAUUCUAAAAAGUGGAAGGCAAUUCACCCACCUCCCAGACAUAGCAGCUGACCUGCUGCUGGAAGGGUUUCCUAUUGAGCUGAUCGAUGGAGAUGCCUCCAACAUCCCACUGCAGUGGGUAACAGAUGUUCUGACUCAGCUCCAUGCCAAGCUGAGGGGAAGGUCCAAAAUGCUGGUUCUAACAGUGCUGGGAGUGCAGAGCACUGGGAAAUCCACCCUCCUCAACACCAUGUUCGGCCUGCAGUUUGCAGUGAGCAGCGGCCGAUGUACACGAGGAGCCUUCAUGUUGCUCAUUCAAGUUAAAGAGAUCUUAAAAAAGGAACUGGGCUGUGAUUUCAUCCUGGUGAUAGACACAGAAGGCUUGAAAGCCCCUGAAUUGGCCAAGCUGGAGGACAGUUAUCAACAUGACAAUGAGCUGGCCACACUGGUGAUUGGGUUAAGUGACAUAACCAUUGUUAACAUGGCCAUGGAGAAUGCCACUGAAAUGAAAGAUAUUCUGCAAAUUGUGGUCCAUGCCUUUCUCAGAAUGGAAAAAAUAGGGCAUAAGCCAAGCUGCCAGUUUGUGCAUCAGAACGUCAGUGAUGUGUCUGCGUAUAAACAAAACAUGAGGGACAGGAAACACCUCCUGGAGCAGCUGAAUGAAAUGAUCAAAGCUGCAGCAAAGAUGGAAAAACUAAACAUGGAAAUAAAAUUUUCUGAUAUCAUGGAGUAUGAUCUGGAAAAAAACAAUUGGUACAUCCCUGGGCUUUGGCAUGGAGUCCCUCCCAUGGCUCUGGUAAAUAUGGGAUACAGUGAAAAAGUGUAUGAGUUAAAGAGGUAUCUGUUUGAAUUCAUAAGGAACUAUUCACUUAAAAGAACCCCCAGGGACAUUCCACAGUUUACUGAAUGGGUGAAGAGUCUGUGGAAUGCUGUCAAACAUGAGAACUUCAUCUUCAGCUUCUGUUUACCCUACCCCCAACUUCACCAGUGCAGAAGGCACUCAGAGACCACAGACAAGAAUAGGCUAUAAAUGAGGAGAUUCCAAGAGGCAGGGGAACUGGUGUACAUGCACUAUGCAGUGUGAGGCUGAUAAGCCAGUCUGUUUCCCACCAGAAGGCCAAAAGUAUUUCUGAUUCUUAUAAACUGUAACUAUUAACCUGAUUUUCCAACUGACCCUCCAGUUUAGCAGGUGCAAAUUUGCUUCCUCAGUUAAUUGUACCGACAAUUUUGUGGGGAAAAAUUGUGGGCCACAAUUUAUUGUGGAUGCAAAAUUUCAGCUGUGGAACUGGAGGCUCUGUUUGAAAAUCAAACCCAUAUGACUACAAAAGAAUAUUUAAAAAAAAAACAUGCAAAUUCAUUAAUAAUUGUCAGACUCCAUAUAACACCCUAUAUUAAAUCAGCCUUAUCACUGCAA